GAUCGGAUAUGGAAGCCAUGGACGACGCUCUGAAAUCAAAGAUAGUAGUUCGCUGUGCCAAAGCCGCGUUCCUGCUAUCUGCGCUCAAAUCGUCCCCAAAUCGCUAUGUAAAUUCUACAACCGACGAUCAACACGAGGAAGUGGAGCUGAUGAGGAGAGAAAUCGGAGAGCUGAAGAUGGAAUUGGCGAGGGAGCGCUUGAAGAACAGGAGAGUCAAGCUGUGCGGCUUGAUGGAGGUCGUUCUUGAGGUCACCGUGGUUCUAUGUGUUUCCACUUUCUUCUUGAUGCUCUCGCGCGCUCAAUCUCGCUGAGCUCUGAUGUGAUGGCCAUCUGUAUUUGAUUGUUGGUAUUUGAUUCUACUACAAUUAGCUACUCCAUCUACUUAGCGAGGCCCUUUCAGGUCGUAGCAAUUAUAUACA